AUGACUGAAAAUACAUUGUAUAAAGAUCGUGAGGAUUGGAAAGAUAUUGAACCUCUCCCACUUCCACAACAGCCAGGAGAUCCAUUUCAAGUCGAAUAUACUGAAGAUUAUGUUGAUUUGAUGGGAUAUUUUUUGGCUGUUCUUCAUAAAAAAGAAGUUUCUCAACGCGCAUUGGAAAUCACAAACAAAGUUAUUCAAAGAUUUCAUAGCCACUAUACAGCAUGGUGGUAUAAAUAUUACAUUUUAGAAAAAAUUGGCUACGAUUUCAAAACAGAACUACAAAAUCUCGAGAAAAUUAUCAAAGAUGCUCCAAAGUCAUAUCAAGCCUGGCAUUACCGCCAAUGGUUGCUUGAAAGAACAAAUGAAAAAGUUGAUGAAGUUAGUUUCCUUAAAGAAGUGUUUUUAAUUGAUGCGAAGAACUUCCAUGCAUGGAGUUACGCAAUAUGGUUUGCAGAUCAUUUCAAACUAUACAAAGAAAUUUAUGAUCUUGCAAACUACCAAAUCGAAAUCGAUAUGAGAAAUAACAGUGCAUGGAAUACAAGAAAAGCCAUGGUUGACUUCAUGAAUUUAGAUCCAAAAGCUGAAUUCGAGGCUGCAGAACAAAGUCUUCUUAAAAUUACUAAGAACGAAGCAUCGAUGAAUUACGCUUUUGCAAUUGUUGAGAAAGACAAAUCUUUAGAACCAAAAUUACAAGCACUCGGCGAAAAACUUUAUCAAAAGAAUCCAAAGAAUCCUCGAGCUUUACAAAUUUUAUUGUAUGUAGCUUCAGGUGCAAAUGAUACCGAAAAAAUACAAAAAUUGUGCCAAGAACUAAUUAUUGCAGAUCCAAUCAGAAAACCCUACUAUUCAUUAGUUUUGGAAGGUAAAAUCAAAUACAGAUAA